CUCUAACACCAUCAAAAAAAAUGUAUUCAAGUUAAUGGCAAACAUAUGACACAGCUCAAAUAUACAAUACACAAAUGCCCAUCUCAUGACCCUAACAUCAUCCAUAUAAAUAUAUAAACAUAUAUACACCUAAACCAGUGGCAUAAGGUAGUUGCAACACGCCCCAGUGCAUGCUAUUGUGCACAUAUUGUCACAUGAUCAGAGUCUUGACAUUGGAUACAUCAACAUACACAUCACAUAACAGUCAUCACUCCAUAUCUGUAAAUGACAAAAACAGCAAAGAAAAUAAGAAAUUAUUAGUUUAAUUUAACAAUUGUAAUAGUUUAUUAUGGUUUAUUUGGAAUAAGCAUAUUUUGUUAUCGAUGCUAUUGACUAUUUUGCAAAAACAAACAAAAAAACCCAAUGAAGAUGGUUUUGCCUUUUUCGAGGAGUUCUUCUUUGAACACAGGCAUAUUUCAAAGUUAGCAAUCACUCGUAAAGGCCCAUUCUCCACCCAGCAUAUUAUUGGAGGGCCCACUCUCUCUGGGUCCCCCACCUCAGGGACACCGAUGCAACCGCACUGUCUUUACUGUCCAUAUUUAUGCCCCUGACCUAAACACACUUUGCUUUAUGUCUACAGUAGGCCCAUUUCAUAAAAAAUGUGAAGAUUGAGAACAAUGGGCUCAACAGGUGACUCAGUCUUAUUUUCACACCACCACACUUCCCUCUUGUAAAUAUAGACUCACAGAGGUACAGGUGUGGACUAUGAUGAAAUUAUGGGCUGUAUUUAAGCACUGUGUCACUUUAUGAUCUUUAAAUAUGUCUUAAGAAAGGUCCUUGUGACUGAAACAUCUACACUUUUUUAAUACAUCAAUGCAGAGGUAAUAAAUGUGUUUGUGAAUUCACCUUUUUUCUUCUGGGGGAAUAGAUUACCUGCAACACAAAGAAGACAAAGCAAGUUGUGUGUGUUGCUUUUCACUCAUUCUGACUGUUUUUCUGUUUUUUUUCUUUGACAUGUUGUAGUAUAAAAUCCUCAUAUUCAUUAUUCAAAAAAUUGAAAUAAUAGUUAAUUGCAGCCGCAAUGAAGAAUACAUGAUUAUUUAACCAAGAGCUGAUUUGAGAUCUGUUCUGUUUUGAGUGCGCGCGCUCUAACCGUAGGAUGUUGGCGUAUCAUAGCAACAAUUGUAAACAGCCGUGAAGUGAAAAGAUGGCGACGCAGAGGGAGAAAGACGCUGAAAAUUAUCUCAAGAAACACAAGAUUAUCGAGCUGAUGGACAACCUGACCAGCAUGCUCUUCUUCUACAGACCUGAGAAUCCCAGAGAAUUUCUUGUUGAACAGCUGGAGCAGCUGAAGCUUUCUCGUCUGAGUGGUGUCAAAGGCCCACAUCUGUUCAACAGUGCCAACCUGGAUGCAGUUUUCGGAAUACUGGACCCCACUAAUCAAAAUUACAUCACCUUUGCACAAUACAAGCACGCUCUGACCACACUGGGCAUAAAAGACAUUAAUGAAUGUCCUGAAGGUGUAAACGAAGACAAAAUAUCCCAUGAGACCUUCAAAACAGAAGCGAUUCAAGGCCUGCGGAGAUGCUCAGCAACAUAUGAACAAGUGUAAACUUUGAUGUUUUCUUCCUUACGUGGGAUUGCGUUUUGUAAAAUGAACAAAUUUUAUAUAAUUAUUAUUAUUAAACUGUUAAUAUGUAUUCUG